AUGAUCAUACACGUCGGUUCAGUGUUUUACACAAUUACAUUUCUUAUCAAAGGAAAACCAUCCUACGAAAAUAGUUGUGACGUAAUACCUCUGAUUCACCUCUCUCAGAAAAUUCUUGGCCUACGUCCUAAAAUCUACGGAUUGGAGAAUUGUUAUGCGUAUCGUCAGUGUAUUUAUGUCAUUAAUCAUCAGAGCUUUAUUGAUUCCAUUGCUGUCUCCCACUUAUGGAAAGAACCUUGUUCUGUUAUUGUCAAAAAUUCUUUGAAGUACGUUGGAUUAGGUUGGCCGAUUAUUUAUUUUACAAAAAUUCUUCCAAUAGCCCGAGAUGAUCAUGCCAAAGCCAUAGCAACGAUGCAUAAAGCUUUAGACAUGGUCAAAAAUGAUCAUGUUACUAUGUUUGUCUUCCCCGAAGGAACCAGGAAUAGAAAUGGAGAUCGUCUUUUGCCCUUCAAGAAGGGAGCCUUCCAUCUAGCUAUUCAAUCUCAACUUCCCGUUUUCCCUGUGGUUAUUUCUUCGUAUAAAUCUUUCCUCGAUCAUAAGAAUAAAGUCUUUGAUGAUGAAGAUAUCCGUUAA